AUGCACCGGUACAGCAGAUCAGAUGAAAUCCUUGGUUCAUCUGAAUUCAAGUCCGUCUACUCUGGCUUUGACCACCAGCAGGGGGUGGCAAUUGCCUGGUCUGUGAUUGACCUAAAGUCAGGGGACUGCACGGACCAGCUGGUGCGGACGCUCCAGCUCAUCCAGAGGGUUGAGCACGACCACAUCGUGCGCAUCCAUGACUGGUUUCUGGACCCAGAUUCGGGAAAGAUGCACGUGGUCACUGACCUCUUUAGGCCCGGGAACCUGCGGGACCUGCUGAAGGCCGCUGGCACGAUAGAUGAAAUCGUGCUGAGAAGGUGGGGGUGCGACCUGCUGACCGCUAUCUCCUUUGUUCACAGCCUCGAUGGCCCUCUCUUCAUCCGGAACCUGCGCAUGGGAAACGACGUUGGGGUCAUCAAGCUGGAUCUGCUGAGCGUUUCGUUUCUGUUCACAUCCCACGGGUAUGCCAGGGAGAGGGUGGAGGCGAUCAGGGUCAUGUCUCCAGAGCAUUUGCUAGGCCCAAGCGAUGAGAAGGUGGAUAUCUACGGGUUUGGCAUGGUCAUGCUGGAGGCAGCCACCAGGCUCCAACCGUACAAGGAAUGCAGCACGGUUGCAAGCCUCUACGACAAGGUGACACACUUUCAGCCCCCAAAAGCUCUUGGUGAGGUAAAGGACAAAGGCCUGCGCGACAUCAUAAAGAGGACGUUGCUGAGGGCGUGCGAGCGGCCCUCCGCACACGAGUUGCUCAACCUCCCCUACUUUCGAUUCGAGCCUAGCCUCUGGGGUAUGCAUGUGGUGGUAAUUGACGACGACCCAGUGAACCUCAGGAUGUGCACCAGGCUUUUGGAAAAGGAGGGCGUCACUGUUGUCCCCUGUAACACUUUCAACGAAGUGAUCGCCCUACUGUCCACCCGGGCUUUUGCAGCUCUCAUCACUGACAUUAUUAUGCCAAUGAUGAACGGUUUCGAGAUGAGCGCAAGGUUGCGGCAGCUGAGGUACAGCUCGCUGAUGAUCAUUGGGAUCAGUGCGCAGGAGAGAAAGGACCUUGACGAACGCAUGGCAGAGAGUGGGAUGGAUGCGUUUGUGCAGAAGCCCUUUACAUUCGAGAACCUGCGGGUUGCAUUUACAAGGGCCCGCCUCAGAAGAACUUCGAGCGCCAAGGAAGUUGCUUAG